UGAUACUCAUUUAUAAUUACAAAUUUUUGUUUCAUAACAGUUUGAAUUAUCAAAUAAGAAAAUGUCUGGAAAAGAAAAGGAUAAGAAGGCUAACAUCUUGUUUGGAGGGUUGGGAAAGUCGAAUAAAGAAAAGAAGAAGCAAUCGCCCAUGCCGAGACCGCAGUCUGAAGAUUUUUCGGAUCAGAUGCCAGAUGUUGAAAAUAUUAUAAAUUUAGCAGAUGAAGAAAUAAAUGCUUUGUUUGAGAAAAUGUUGGAUGAUUUGAAUUUAUCAGAAGAGAAGAAAGAACCUUUAAGAAAGAAGUCUAUAAAAAUUAAGAAGGAUAUGUUGUUGAUGCAAACACGAGAGAAAGUUUCUAAAUAUGGAAAAAGCAGAUGGGACAGUCCUGCCGAUUACAUCAAUUAUUUAAGUAACUGGGAUGUGAGUCUAGUAAAGUUAUUUCAGUGUAUGGAAUCUCUGCGGAUAGCUUUAACCAAUAAUCCUGUGAGUUGGGUUCAAGAAUUUGGUAGUAAUGGUCUUGAAAGGGUGUUGUUAUUACUUAAUUCCUGUUAUGGAAAAGAUAAUAAAUUUGACAAAAUUCAGCACGAAUGUAUUAAGUGCCUAAAAGCAAUUAUGAAUAAUACUGUAAGUAUUUAAAUAUUUACAACCAUAAAUUCAGAUUUUUAAUUAUAAAAUAUUAAUGCUUAACAGUUACUUCAAGAAAUCUUUUUGCUAUUAUCGCAAUUUAAUGAUUUUUCUUUUAAAGCAUAUAUCAAAUUAAGUUUUCAGUAUGGAUCUUAUCAUUUUAUUUGCCGCUUUAUAAUUUUCUUAAUGAAUUUUAAUCAUCAAAACAAUUUAUUUGAUAAAAAUUUCAUUUGGCUUCUAAUUUUCAUCAGUUUAAGUAAUUUGCUUUUAUUUUAUUUUCUGAUUAUUGAGUUGUAUUGGAAUAAAUGUGCAAACAAAUGUGCAAUAACAAACUGAAAUUUAAUGCCAAAAAGAAAGGCAAGAGAUCUCUCUCUCUCUACAAAAAUUCAAAAUUCUUCAAUGGUACAAUCACGUGGUCAUUCUGUACAUGACCCUUUUGACAUCGUAAAACAGCACCAACCAUACACAAUGACAUGCUGUGGGAAGAGACCAAGGCACAUUUGCCUCGACUCUGAUUAAUAUAAAAAUGUGAAUUUAAACUUAGAAAAAUUUAUUUUAAAAAAUUCUCAUAAGAGAACAAUACAUAAAAAAUGUCCUCAAACUUCAUUCCUUUCACGCAUAUAAGAAAUUAACAGUCUCACAGCUGAGUUGACCUUUCUUUAGCGACUUCUCCUCUGCCUUAAAAUGUAAAAUGUUAAAAUCUUCCCUCUGCCGAUGGUGCAAUUAAUUAAAAAAUAUAUAUUUGAUUAAAAAAAAUUCUGAUAUGCAUGGAAGGGACGAAGUUUGAGGACACUUUUUAUGUAUUGUCUCUUUUGAGAAUUUUAUCUAAAUUUAAAUUUAUUUGUCCUGGCAACUAAAAUCUAAACCAAAAAAUAAAAAUAUCAAAUUCUUCAUAGCUUCUAAGACCUUUAGAUUACUUUUAAU